AUGUGGCCCGCGGUGCUGGCGGCGGUGUGUGUUGUCGGUGUGUGUGCUCUCUCACAUGUGGAGGAGAUGGAGAGUCAGGAGCAGUUGUUUCGUAGCUCUCUGGGUCUCUCCGGGCGACCCCGGCCCGCUGGGGGCCACCAACCCCGGCGCAGCGUCCCCUCCCAGCUCUGGAAGAUGUUCCGGGGAUCCGAGAACAUCAAGGCCCGGGAGAGCGACCCCUGCACGGUGUCAGAGUACGGGGUCCCCGGCAACAUCAUCAGAUACGUUCAGGACCAAGGCAGGCUGGUGUCUGGCUGGAGCAGCAGCUGUCAGGCGUGUCUGGAGAAGCAGCUUUUCUUCAACAUGUCCGUCCUGCAGCCUGUGGAGCUGCUGUCUCUGGCUCAGCUGGAGGUCAACUUCCACUGGAAUCUCUUCACGUCUGCAGAGCUCCUGCGGGGGCCCCGGGCCCUCAGCGUGUCUCUGUACAAAGUGAUCCGAGCCACGCUGAGAGAAACCAAUCCUCAGGCUGGCCGCAGACUCCUGCUGUCCCAGUCCAUCCGUCUGCAGCCAGAACCGUCCUCCAUCACCAUGGACCUGACCUCAUUAGCGGAGAGUUGGCGCAAACCAGGACGCAACUACGGUUUGGUUUUAGAGCUGCUGCCUCUGAGCGCAGGUCCAGAGGAGAUUCUUCCUUUUCGGCCUGGUAACUCUCUCCCGUUAGAACCGGCCUUCACCCUACCUCUGAUCCAGGCCUCUCUGGUCGCCGUCUCUCUGGACCCCCACCAGUGUCGCUCCAGACAGAGGAGGAGCGCCGUCCACCUCCCCGUGACGCCCAGCAACGUGUGCAAGGCUCGCCGUCUCUACAUCGACUUCAAAGACGUGGGUUGGCAGGACUGGAUCAUCGCUCCUCAGGGUUACAUGGCUAAUUACUGCCACGGCGAGUGUCCGUUCCCUCUCAGCGAGAGCCUGAACGGGACCAACCACGCCAUCUUGCAGACCCUGGUUCACUCCCUGGACCCUCACGGUACGCCCCAACCCUGCUGCGUCCCCAUCCGCCUCUCCCCCAUCUCCAUGCUCUACUAUGACAACAAUGACAACGUGGUGCUCAGGCAUUACCAGGACAUGGUGGUGGAUGAGUGCGGGUGUCGAUGA